AUGGUGGUGCAGAUUUCCAAGAAGAGGAAGUUUGUCGCAGAUGGCAUCUUCAAAGCCGAACUGAAUGAGUUUCUUACUCGGGAACUGGCUGAGGAUGGUUACUCUGGAGUUGAAGUUCGAGUUACACCAACCAGGACAGAAAUCAUCAUCUUAGCCACCAGGACACAGAAUGUCCUUGGUGAAAAGGGCCGACGGAUCCGAGAACUAACUGCUGUGGUUCAGAAAAGAUUUGGCUUCCCUGAGGGCAAUGUGGAGCUUUAUGCUGAAAAAGUGGCCACAAGAGGUCUGUGUGCCAUUGCCCAGGCAGAAUCUCUUCGUUACAAACUCCUAGGAGGGCUUGCUAUGAUGAGCAGUGAUUUUGACUAA